AUGGGAAUACUUCUGGCGUACUUAAUUGGACAAUCUGCAUAUUUAAUCAAACGUAAAUUUUUCAACAACAACAACAACAACAACAACAACAUAGCAACUACAUCAUCAUCAUCAGAUAUGGAAAAGGGAAACACACCAGGCACAGGCCACUCAUUGGCUAGCUCAAUCACAAACUCCGGCCCAAUUUCGAUCUUGGCGUACUGUUUAUCAUCCAUUUUAAUGACAGUCACAAACAAGUUUGUUGUUUCUGGGUUCAACUUCAACUUAAACUUCCUCUUGUUGGCAGUACAAUCGGUUGUUUGUAUUGUCACUAUUGGUACUUUAAAGACAUUUGGCAUUAUCACCUAUAGACAAUUCAACAAAGACGAAGCUAAGAAAUGGUCCCCCAUUGCGUUCUUACUAGUUGGUAUGAUUUACACUUCUUCAAAAGCGUUGCAAUAUUUGUCAAUCCCAGUCUACACAAUCUUCAAAAAUUUAACAAUCAUCUUGAUUGCAUAUGGUGAAGUCAUUUGGUUUGGUGGUAAAGUCACCACUAUGGCGUUGAGCUCUUUCUUGUUGAUGGUUUUCUCCUCAGUUAUUGCUUACUAUGGUGACAAAGGUGAAGCCAAGACUGUUGAUGACCAAUUUCAAUUAUACUUGGGUUACUUUUGGAUGUUCACCAACUGUUUUGCCUCGGCGGCAUUUGUCUUGAUUAUGAGAAAGAGAAUCAAGUUGACUAAUUUCAAAGAUUUCGACACAAUGUACUACAACAAUCUCUUGUCAAUCCCAAUCUUGUUGGUUUUCACCUUUUUGUUUGAAAAUUGGUCACCCGAAAACUUGGAAAAGAAUUUCCCUGCUGACAAUAGAGUCGCUACUAUUGUGGCCAUGAUUUUGAGUGGUGCUUCAUCCGUUGGUAUCUCCUAUUGUAGUGCUUGGUGUGUUAGAGUUACUUCAUCCACCACUUACUCCAUGGUUGGUGCUUUGAACAAAUUACCAAUUGCCUUGAGUGGGUUGAUUUUCUUCAAUGCUGCCGUCAACUUUUGGUCUGUUUCAUCUAUCUUUGUUGGAUUUGUUGCAGGCUUAGUUUACGCCGUUGCGAAGCAAAAGCAACAAAAGGAAGCUGCUCAAGCUUUGCCAACUACAAAGUAG